AAAAAUCUAUACAAUGCGUUAGACACGGGCAAUGGCUUGUCCCCAGACCUCUUAUUAAUUCGCUUGCCCCGCCGCUCCGAGAGGAAUAUGGCGUGAGACAAACCGUGGAAAAUAAGUGCGAAACUGUCGGGAGUUUACCGGUGGUGGCGGACCCUGCUGCCACUGCCUGGAAGUUUUUUGUGUUUUUUUUCCCCGUCGGGGGGGCCCCGACGGUGGCGGCGGCGGCGGCGUCGGCUCUCUCCCCGGAGCGGUGUCCCGGUCUGCCCAGCCCCAUGCAAAACCUAACGGCCCCAGGCGGCCCCGGCAACUCCAAUGUCACCUGCUCCUGCAACUGCACCGCUUCCCAGCCACAGGGAAUGGAGAUAUCUGAACUGGAGUUUGUUCAGAUCGUCAUCAUUAUCGUGGUGAUGACAGUGAUGGUGGUGGUGAUCAUCUGCCUGCUCAACCACUACAAGCUCUCCACCUGGUCUUUCAUUACAAGGCAGAGUCAGGCCCGCAGGCACGACCAUGCCCUGCAGCAGGACGGGUGUCUGUGGCCUUCAGACAGCGGCUCUCGACAAGGUGCCUCGGAGGUGUUAUACGCUCCCCAGGCCAGGGAUCGCUUCACCGCUCCCUCCUUCAUGCAGCGCGACCGCUUCAGCCGCUUCCAGCCUACCUAUCCCUACCUGCAACACCAGAUUGACCUGCCGCCCACCAUAUCGCUGUCGGAUGGCGAGGAGCCCCCGCCGUAUCAGGGGCCCUGCACCCUGCAGCUCCGUGACCCCGAACAGCAGAUGGAGCUCAACCGCGAGUCGGUGAGGGCGCCGCCCAACCGGACCAUCUACGACAGUGACUUGAUCGACAUGGGAGGAGGCGGGAGUCUGGGAGGCGUGGGGGGAGGAGGGGGUGGCAUGGGAGGAGGCGGCCCGAGGCCGCCUAGCAGUAACUCGGGCAUCAGCGCGGCCAACUCCAGCAACCACGGGCGCAUGGAGGGACCGCCACCGGCAUACAGUGAGGUUAUGGGCCACUACCCCGGCUCUGCGUUCUUUCUACACCAGCACAGCAAUAACCAGAGGGUGGGGGGAUCAGGGGGGCCGGGGAGCAGGACGAUCCAGCAGCAGAGCCAAUCAGAAAGCACAAUAGUACCUGCCAAGGCCAAGGAAGGCCAGCCGGAGGACCUGGUGUGAAGAAAAAGGGGGCCGCCCACCCCAGACUGAAAACUGUCUCUCUACUUCACCCCUGAUCACCUGUAAGCAGUGGUCUCGCUCACUCUCCCUCUGUCUCUCUGAUGUCCUCUUUCCACACUCUCAUGCACAAAUAAAUAUCAGACCUUAGCUACAACAAAACAAGGAAAGAGAGGAACCGAGGGUUGAUUUCAUUUCAGUUUCUUUCCGAUGUUAGUCACUCAGACAGCUAGCACUGCUGCGGCAGGAUGUAUGCACUGCGUGGAGACUUUUUUUUUUCUCCUCUCCAUCAUAUGAGAAAGAAACUCUCUGCUAGCACAGAUUGAAACGAUUUGCUUUUUUGUCCCCCUCGGGUGAUGGCUCUAUCUGCGGGGAACUGAGGAUGAUGUUUUGCUUUUUUCUUUUUUUUUUUUCUUUUUUUCAUAUACUUUUUUUUUUUCGGACCGGGAUCUGUGCACAAAGCGAGAACUGAGCUGAGUAUCAAGGACUUACAGAGAACACAACAAAACAAGAGACUCACAAACCCAAAUCUUAGUGCCAAGGUUCAUGAGGAAGCAAAACAAAGGGGGAAAAUGACUCAUUCUGAUAUUGAAAACACACAAAAAAAAGAAAAGUUGCACUAUCUUUUUGCUGUAAAAGAGAAGAGGGAAACGAUGCUAUGUGAUGAUAAUAAUGAUGUUUUUGUUUUUUGUUUGUUUUAUUUUUUGUUUGUUUGGGGUUUUUUUUUUUGUCCUUUUCAUGAAUGGACUGAGUGACUGAACUUUGGCUCCAAAGUUGUUUAAACAGUUGGGAGCAAGAAAAAAAAAACAAAAACAAUAAGUAUUAGAAGCUUAUGUCCUUCCUUUUUUGAAAACCACAAGAAAUACUUGUACCCAGCCUACAACAUCUCUGUCUGCUUACACCACAGGCACAGUGAGACUUAGUAAGAGAAUAACCUUGUACUGCUUCACGUCUGAGUACACUUCAGCCUAGUGGGGAUGAUAUCUGCCUCGUAACCAGCCGUUGGGUGGACGGAACAUUUCUUACUUCUUCUGGUAGUGUGUUCUAAGAUGUGGACUCUUAGAAAGACGAGGGCUGCUUGGCAAGACCAGGCGUACUCCAUACCAAGAAUUUGUGGAAAUCUGAGCAGCUGGUUGGAUGUCAAGUUAACCAAAAAAACAGCAUCAUUCAAUAACAAAAUUUAACAAAACAAAACUAAUCAAAAAACAUGUCUUAGUGUCCAUCCAGCAGCCUGGUCGCAGCAGAUUCUUCUUUUCCCAAACCCUGUCCUGACCUCCGAGCACUUGACACUUCCUCUUUCCUGUUUCCUGCGUCGAUAACCUCCUCCCCCUGCCCCCCACCCCUCCCCUCCCCCCUCCGCCUCCUCUCACUGCUCAUCUUGACAUGCACAGUGCAUUCUGCCAACAGCCACACUGAACUCGAACCCCGCCACCAUAACAACGAAAAACACAAAACAACAACAACAAAAAAGAAGGCUCAUCUCUCUGUCUUCUUGUCUCUAAAGCCACAAAAAAAAAACACAAAGAAAAAAAAAACCCCAAGACGUCACAAAGUGAAGAUUCCUGUCUGCAUCCGCCAGCACAGUGAUCAGGGUUUAAAUGAAAAUCGUCUGUGGUCAAAGUGAAAGGGCUAUGGGAGGGUUUGUUUUGUAAAAGAAAAAAACCUUUUUGAAAAUCUAGCCUUUCUCUCUGCUCAUUGUUGCCUUCUCCUCUGCUCUCGCGCUUUCUCUGUCUCUCGCUCUCUCCGUCUCUCUUGGCUUUCUAACGGUGUCUCUGGUUAAACACUGUUCUUCGUCCCCUCCUUUCAUCCGUGUGCAGAAAAAGUGCGUGCAAAUGAUGCAGAGUCCGCCAAGCCCUUUAAAGUGGAGACUGGAGUGGAGACCUUGUUUGGCAGUGUGCUAGUGCUGUCCUCUCCUCCCUGUCUGUGUGUACGUGUGUGUGUGUGUGUUUUGGUCAGACCUUUCAACAACACAGAAAAGCACUUAAUGCUCCUGCAGGAGCAUUGUGUAUGAAUGUGUGUGUGUCUGUGUGUGCAGCUGAGUGAUUUAUUAGUCAACUUGUGUCUGAGUUUAGAGACUCAAGGACACAUUACUUAUUUGGCACUGUCCAUAUUAACACAUUGUUAAUUAAGCUUUCAUUGGACUACAGUAGAGUGUCUCUUUAAAAAGCCAGAGAUGCAUGAUGGUUAUUAUCGCGGUGUAGGGGUGACGUCAGUGUGAAAGCCCCUCACAGUCCACCUGAUCGUGGACUGUGGUGGACUGAGUCCCAGUUUCAUACUACAGGCUUUAAGUAUAAUGUGUUCACACUGACAACUGAACAUUGAAAUUCAGAGGGGCUCCUCCCAGCUGCAGAAUAUUAAAAUACAUAGUGAAUGUUGGUGAGACAGCUCAAGCAAGAUCUGGGAAAGUGAAAUACAAAGUACUAAAUCUCUGAUUUUGCUUUCUCUUUGUGAAGAUUAGAGGAAAAUGCUGGUGUCUUUUUUAUAUUGUCACCAAAUCCCAUAGAAAGAUGAUGUACAAACCUACAUGUUCGUCCGUCUCUCAGUGCUUUCCAACCUGUCUGUGGCUCUCAGCUGAAAGCCACUGGACCUUACUUUACUUUUUGUAAAAAAAUUGUGUUAUUUUAAUGCUGGUUUGUGGUGGUGGUGUUGGACAUAAGAGAUUCACAUCCAAUGCCAAAACCCAUCUUUGAACAGAGAAAGGGAUUACAGUCUGUCCCCCACACACACAACCACCUGUUAUCACCAGAGCUUCAUAACUGUGUUUUCAUUAGUGUUGGGACGACAGUGGAGCUCCGAGGACACACGGGAAUAACAUACACACUCAGUACGUGUUGCUCAGAUCAACACAUUCUAGGUUUUGAUCUUUUUUUUUUUAUGGGAUUUGCUGACAAUUAGAAAAAUAUAGAAUAUCACCAGACUUUAAUCUGCAGUGUUGUCCCACAGUCACAGAUACACAUCUGUUAGUACACUUCCUGUAUCACUUCAAAUAAGAAGAGCAUUGAUCUGUUUUUAUACCAGCUGAAAAAAACCUGCAUCCUAAGACAACUGGUAUGUAGUUGAUACCUUCAUGCUGUUGUUAUGUAGUAUGGAAGUGGAACACAGCUCCUAUUUACAGUCAGAUGAAAUCAUUUGAACAUGAUUUAUAUGGAAUUCAGAAUGUGAAGCUGCUGAAAGCGCAGCCGCAUUUGAAGGCAUGUAAUUCUAACACAGCAGCUCUGAGUUCCAGUUGAAACAGGAAGCUUUGUGCGCUUACAGCACACGUCUGAUUUUACAUGCCGAUGAGAUCAACAACAAAAGCGUUAGGUCCGUUUGAUUGGAAACCCUCUGAUUCUGUUACCAUCAGUGUGUUUGAAAUGUUUUGCAUGUGUUGUUUUCUGGCUCUACGGUUGUGUGUGUGUGUGUGUGUGUGUGUGUGUGUUACUACAUCACUGCUGCUAUUGCUGUUGCUGCUACUGCUACUAUUGUUGCUACUGCUGCUUCUCAUGUCCCCCACCCCACCCCGCCCACCCAGUCCCUCUGUCCUUCUGUCCGUCCUGUCCCUUCAAACUCACCCAUAACUAGAAGGAGAGAAAUCUGACCCUCUGCAGUCAAAAGCACAAGUAUUGAGACAAAACGUGGCGCUCUCUUUCUCUGCGAGGCCCACACCGAACACAUUUUUCAUUCUGUUACACAGAAAAAUCUGGGUGAAGACACUGUCCCAACACUUUGGCCUUCGACUGUACGGACCUGCUUAAAAAAAAAAACUCAACACCUGGGUUUCUUCCCUCUGUUUCUUCCUUCUUUCUGUUGUUUUCUCAGCUUGUUCUUGUCUGCGCAGUCAUAGCUUGUAAAUGGAGGCUAUAAAGAUGAAUUUUAUGUUUUCUACAAGGAGGUUUGCAUGUUACUAUUAUGUGAGUAAAUAAGGUGCCUAAUGUUCAUGUUUGAGCAGACCACACCUCAGUUAAACUGCUGCUUGGAAUCUUUACAGCUGCUUUAGCUCUGGGCUGGACCCCCACCCCCACCCCUCCACCCCACAGUUUGGCACAAUGGAACAGAAAUACAUGAUGAAGGGUCAGGACUGCCCAAAUGAUCAUUUCUGUCGUUUUGCAAAGUUGUUACAGCGCUAAGAUGAUUUUGAUUUUGGGAGCCUUGUCCGACAGUUCUCAUUCAGGUCUUGAGCUCCUUUUUGGAUCCGAGACUGAACCGGAUCCUGCAGGAAAAUAAACAGAGAAGAACCACAUUUUGUUUAAGAUCUACGUGGAACUAUAAAUUUAGUGACCAUAGGAUCAGCAGAGUGUGUGUGUGUGUGUGUGUGUGUGUGUGUGUGUUUCCAUGUCAACAAAAAUAACUCCAACCUGUGGUUCAACCUUGAGUAUUCUUUUUUAGCUCUGAGUUGCGGCCAGUUCGCCCCAACAGCGUUUACGAGCGUGCCCACCAGCCUGCUCGCCUCCGUUGUGCCAGACAGCAGCUCUCACCCCCCUCCCCCUCCCGCUCCCCCCACCCGUCCUGACCCCAGCGAAGCAGCUGAAGUCAUUUCAACCAGUAAUUUGGCCCAUGUGUGGAGCAGACAUAGGAACCCACUUGCACUCAAAAAGCUCCCACCUUCGUUGUGCCUCACUUCCAACGGUGCUUUUUUCAGUAGUCUGUCUUUCUUUAUGUUUGUUUGUAAGGUGCUGUAUAUAACUUGAAUAUAUUAUGCACAUAUCCUACCCAAUGGGUAGAAACCACAAAAAAUGUUGUGAAUAAUGUAAUAUAAUGUAUAGACAAUAUAAGAAUUUUAAGAAGGCAGCAUCAAAUUUGUAAAUGCCUACAGUUAAAAAAAAAAAAACGUACUUUGUCUUUUUUUAUGAGAAAACAUGGUUUGCAAAUUAUGCUUAGAAUAUGGUUGCAACACAAAUACAAACUUAUAAUAUUUUGCUAUAAAUAAUAGUGUGUUAUGAUAAGGAUGAGAUAACCUCUGGAUUAAGGAAGUUGUUGAGAAAAGAUAUUAUUCACUCUGUUUUUUUUUUUUUUUUUAAUUCCUCUUCUAAGAACAAGCCUUCACAGUGCUUGCCAUCAUUUGGGUACUGGCUGGUGUCUUUUUUUUUUCCCCACCACCAUCAUCUAACAAAUGUAUAGUUGAAUUACACAGAUCUUUUAAGAAAACAUAUAUCACAGGCAGAUCAGUUGGUGUUUAUGCCACAACUUCAGCUGGGUCGCAGUCGAAUUUCAGCUCACUUUGUAAAUCGCUGAACAAAAAAGCAGAAGCUCUCUAGUUUUUUUUGGGAGACGUGUCACACGACGCACUGCACACGAGAGCCAUCAGCACUUCCUAAAACGGAAGGCUGCGUCUGCAUUUCGUUGAUCUCAAAGAUAUUUGAGUUCAUUUCAGCUGUAGUUUUGUACAUCUGCCAAAGUAUAAAACUGUGGAGCACACUCAGAACUGCUGUAGAUCUGGCUGGAUGUUGGAUGCUCUGCUUAUAGCGUUUCAGCUCCGUUACAGGAGGACCAUUGACUUUCCAUCACACGGUUGCUGAACCGAAAGGACGAAAUUUCCCUCUUUUUUUUUGGUCAAGAUUGGAAAGUUGCACCAGCGUGAAACGUGUGAAAAAUGCCGUUAAAACUGUCAUUUAACUUUUCUCUCUUUACUUUUUAUUUUAUUUUAUUUUUUCUACAUUACAAUGUUAUAUUUGGCACAGUAUAUUGGAACAAAAGUCAUGUUUAAUCUGCAGUCAUUUAUUUACAGUAUGUACUGAAAAUAACUCCACUGUACAAUAACCGCAGAGCAUGUUCAUUCUUAUCUAUAGAUGAUGUACAUAGCAACGUGCCAUUUUCUCUUCAAAGCACCAAAUAAGAGGCAGUUAUGUAGUUUUAAUUUGGGAAAAAAAGUCUCUAUUGUAACUUCGGUUAGAGCUUGGCUCUCGUUCUUCUUAAUAGACCUGUUUUUUUUUUUGUUUGUUUUUUUCCCUUUUUUUUUUCCUGCACUAGCUUGAAGAACUAGCUUGGGCUCAGACUGAUUUUCAUUUGAUUUCUGCCCCCGCAGUGUGCUCCCUCUUUCCACUUAUAAGAAUUCUGUACUCAAAUGCUGACAACAAGUAGCUGUUUUUAUUGUUCCAGAUUUUAAUAAUAAUGAUGAUAAUAAUAACAACGAUAGCGUCUCAACAGUUUGGUAUUCUCUCUGUCUUGACAGUUACCAUAGGACUGCUUCCAUCAUGGGUUUUGUAACAUCGGUUUGCUUUAUUUACAAAAAUGAAUUCUACUCGUUCCCCUCUCGCCCCUCUGUGCUUACAUAUAUAUGCAUGUAUAUAUAUUUGCAUAUAUACAUACAUAAAUACACAAACACAGAGAUAAAAUUGUUGUGUAUUUUUGCCUCUUUUUAUUUAAGCAAUUGUGAUGUAAUAGGUUUUAGGCCUAAGGUCUGUUUAUUGCAAUACUUUUACAGAAAAGAAGAAAAAAUUCAAAAAAUGUUGCUCUAAGUGCUGUUGUAGUCAAAGAUUUUAUGCUUGUACUUAUGCUGUAGUCAAACUGCAGCGUAAUGAAUAAAACUUUAAAAGUGA